CGCAAGUAAACGUCGCGCAUUCUCACACUUCUGAGAGAGAGAGUGGGCUGAUGGACUCAGAAUGACAUAUUUGACGCUGAAAGAGACGCUCAGGCUGAGUAAGGUCUGCCAGGCUAAUCCCGCCUUUAGCAACAUCACCACCCCAAGUCCCGUUCCGACAAAUGCCAGCAAAUUUCUCCUUUGCGUGACUGGGUCUCGCACUUUCUCAAGUUAAACCUAUCUCUCGCUCUCUCUGUUGGCCUGUAAAGUUAUUACUAAAGCGUCGAAUACCUUGUGUGUCAACCAACAUUAUAGCUGUCAAACAAACGAGACAGAAGAAGCUGCACAAGGAGCAGUUCACGCUUUGUGCCAAAAUUAUUCACUUGCGCACAUUGAACAAAACGCUGUCUAUUAAAGGGGUCUUCCGCAGGUGCCCACCCCUUUCCCAUCGAUCUACUGCAGCCGUUUGAGUACAUGUAGCCUUUCUUCUCCGGUACCUUGUAAAAGGCUGUCAUGUUCGCGCUAAACCUAUGCACUUUUCCAACGUUUUCUGAUAAGUGCGAAAAGCUAUUCCGAAUCCGAAUACAUUUCUCAUUCUCUGUCUCUCGUCAGUGUAGCUAUAAAGAUUUGCGCGGUUCAAGCUAAUGCGAAUUUUUAGUAAUUCUAUCAUUAAAUCGAUCGGGGAGUAGAUUCGGCCUUGCUGGCGUGACAUUAUGUACUAAAACGUACUCAGGUACGUGGAAAAGAAAGUACUGUAAAUACAUUUUUGAACAUUCAUAGGACAAAAACGCGACAAUGGGCCCGGGGAACCCAGCACAAGCGCUCGAGUUGUGUCCUGCGAGACUCAGUGGUUUCGCGUAUAUGGAACGACCUCUACCACUGAACGUUUUCUGGGUUUUUCUGGCAUUUAACCCUAAGACACGAACUUCUAGUUAAACGCUUAAAAGGAAAUAAACUGCACUGACUUCGGAGGAUAGAACUCGCGUCUCUUGUUCAUCUCGGGAUUAUAAGUUCAACCAAGAGACAAAAAAAAAAAAUACGUGGUCUUCUCCCAAGGCAUAUUUCAUUCAGUUCUCCGAUUUUGCUAUGUUUAUUAUUCAUUCUUUUCGUCGGAAGAAGUAGAUGAAAAUUUUGGUGUCCUUGAGAUUUGCUGCAUUGAUUCGCUGAUAUAAGGCGCUCUUCUAAUAAGCAGGUGGUCGUGCGACCUAACCCUGGUAUACAGAGGACGGAGGUAGAGCAAGAAUUAGUGUUGGCUACAGGUCAACAAACGAGAUAUAUCCCUUGCCAUGAAACGUCCCCGAUUUCCCCGCCUGAGCCAGCUAAGACAAUAAUGCAGAAAUGUCUAUGACAUUUUCUGUGCACUUGAAGAACACCACGCAGCCAAAAUAUUCGAGAUCGCUAAAUAAUUUCCAGCCAACACACUUAUGUAGCCUUGUGACGCUAAGCUCCAUCAAUACAUCAAAAUACUCCAGUAACAUAUUUCUAGUUAUCAUCAGCACGUGGCGACGUUGUGCUCGUACAUACGUCGAAGCUCUCGUUUUAAAUAUUUCGCAUGGUGAUGUUUUCUGGGCGUUGAAAAUGCUGACGACCAGCCGAUGACUGCGGCUUCGUAUCUAGCUUGCGCAUUAUAAAUAUGGCAGCUGCUUUGAUAGAGGAGCACUGCUUUUAUUUUACGAUAUUUCUGCGAGGGAUAGUCAAAAAAGCAUCCUCUAUAGGAAGCAAAUUGGCUUUGCUGUGAAACCAGUUAGGUCUCAUGGAUAGCUGCAGCAUUUGUGUAAGAUAUACACAUGCUGCAGGACUCGCGAUUCCCCACCACCUUUGAAGAAGGUGUAAAUAGAAUCUUUUUAAGAAAAAUCAGCAUGAAUAAACAAGCGGAAACUCGUCAAUUGCGAACGCGCCGCGCCCUGCGUUAAUCUCUCACCCUGUCGGCGUAGUGAAAGUGCAGUAAUGGUUUUAUGGCAACACGGCGGCGCGAAGAUUAGGAGUCAUAAACAAGUGGAAGCGUGAUAACUUGACCGGGCUAUUGAAAGAAAUAAGCCUGUUGAUACGCCGACUCGGGUGGAGGAGGCAACGUCUCCAAAACUGAGCGACAAGUCUACGCGCCUGGAGUGGCGAUGACUUUCUUGUUUAAAUCGAUUUACAUCGUACUUUGCGCGUACGAGGUGAUUUGGAAUAGGUUGCCCUCUAACAAGCAAGCAGUUAUCAUCCCAACAGACUGGUUAACUGACUGAACCCGAGAGCCAUUCAGCGCGGACUGGCGUAUUACAGAAGCAUAGAAAAAACGCUUAUAAAAGCAAUGGUGGAGCGACAACGUCACGCCUGAGUCUGUUCGAAAGCUAGUAUAACUGUGAUCUUCACGGGACCCGGCCGACGAAGUGCGGAAGUCCUUGGAGUGGUGAAUAAUGAUAUCGACAGCUGCCGGCAUUACCGGGGAAGAGGAUGAAGAGGAGCGAGCGCCGUUACUGCGUGAGCAGUUUCCACGCUCCCGGCGAGCUACCUGCGGCUCGGAAAACGAACGAGAACGAGACAACGACGAAUCCGAGGACGCCCUUCUCCACUUCGUCAGACUCGAGCAAAGCACGAUAGGACGUCAGUUGAUGGCCACCUUCGUGCGCAUUAAGAAACAGUCGUGGUGCGUGCCGUACUUGAUCGGGAUGUUUUGGUUCUUUGCGCUCUUAGCCGUGUCGACCGCGUUCUUCGCUAAAGCGGCGUCUGAAAAAGGACUGCAGCCGUGGGAGGACGGACUGGUUUUUUCAGUGCGCAAAGUAGGCGGCCUGCUCGCACCAGCUGCAUCAUUAGCUGUGAUAUCCUACCUGUCCCCAAAAUGGGGUGUCGUCAUUAGCCAGACAGCGUUUGGAAUUCAAGGAAUCUUGUUUGGGCUAUCGAUUUUGCUGACAGACAAGGAUGUCUACCUCGGGGUCUCAAUUGUCGGGUUUGUCAUUGUGGAGUAUUCAUUGGUUUGCUCGGGCAUCUGCAUCGAGACAAUCCUUGCCUCAACCCUUCAAGAGAACGGAAACCUAUUUCUUAUAUCGGACAUAUCUGUGCCCUACUACGUCUUCGGUUUCGCAUUGCUGGUCUUCACACCUCUGGUCAUCAGAAGCAAGCACGAAACAAGAGAUAGCGAUCCUCAAUCUUUGACAAGCGACACUGACGAUAACCUCGAACCGAAUGAGCAAAGUGAACAGCGAAAGAGUCCCUGGAGCCUUCUUCUGAACCCUUUCUUCAUGGUCGACGUCUUCAGCCGAGCACUGUGUUGGGUUACCACAUCGUUCAACUACGCUACUCUGGAGCCACACAUAGCGGAGUUGCAGCAAUCGAACACAUGCAUCGGUGCCGUUUUCAUGAUCAACAACUUAGCUUCCUUCUUUGCAUACGCUGCAACGUGCUCAUCGUAUUCACGAAAGUAUGAAAAUCUCUGGAUUUUCAUUGGAUUUUUACACGUGGCGGCCUCGUACCUCAUCAUUGGACCAGCACCCUUCAUACAAGUGCAACCGAGCUUCGCUCUGAUAUGCACGUCACAAGCCCUAAGAGGAGUCGGGAUUGGUUUCAUCAUCGUCUGCGCCUGGAGUCACGCCAUGCGCAUCGCAGUCGAGGAAGCCAACCAUCCUGAUGACGUAAAAACGAGGAGCUUCGUCUGUAGCACCGUUGCGUUCUUCUCCAACGUAAUAACUAUUCCCCUAGCACCGCUUUCAGGUUUCCUGGUGUCCACAUUUGGCUACCGGGCCGCCUCCAUGUGGAUAUUCGGACUGAUCUCAGUAUGGGCUUCCGUAACUGGAUUCGUCUGGCUUCGAUGUGGAUGUCGGCAAGAAAGGAAGUCCAUUCCUCCAUCACCUAGUGACGAGCGGCCAUAUAACGAACUGCAGGGAUGCUUGUGCCUACCCAAUCAUCGAUUCAUCUGAACCACUCUAGAGUAUUAAAAACGUGACAAGACCCCACUGUGAUUUAAAGCUGUGUAGGAAGUGUGCCGUACAGUCAAAGCAGACUUGAUAAAUGGAAAAAGAAAUUAAUGCAAGAUCCAGAAAUCACAAACUGACCGGACUGAUUAACAGCCAAAAUAAGCAAAUGUUUAAGGGGAUGUUUAGCAGCCUUCGAAAUCGGCGAAGAUCACACAACAUUAAAAUAAACGCAAGUGCGUGAAGCUUACACGAAACACGGGCGCGUUUAGUUGCAUAACAUAUUGUAUUAGCUUCAUCGCUGUAAAAGUUCUCGGGAAAGCACAUCAUGUAACAUCGAAGACGAGUGUAAAUAAAACAUCUGACAUGCACGUUCACUGGGCAUUAAGUUGUCUUUGCGUGUUACACUAACAAAAGAAAAGAACUGUGUAUAUGUAACCAUGAAUAAAAAGACCGCUGCAUGAUUUUGCGGUGCUGUGUAUUGAUGUG